AUGGCGAUGGCCGCCCACCGCGUGAUGGCGCCAGCGCAGAGCCAGCUGCGACCUGCCCGCAAGACGUUGUCUUUUGUGCCUGCGGAUGCAAACCAAAGAAGGCCUUUCAGUCGACACGGAAACGCAUCGUCUCCCUACCUGCCACCACUCCCUCCAGUCAUCGGAUGUUCGCGCCAGGGGAAAACCUCAUUUCUCGCCGACAAUGGGUGCGCCGAUGCAGUUAUGGAGUCAGGGAGCGGGUGGGUGACAUGGAAUAAACAGCCUCCUCAUUGCACCAACGGGGCACACCCCCUCCUACUGAGGCGCUCCAGGCCUGGUCGACCGGGAGGGGCCUUGGUCGAGCCGAAGCAUCGGAUGUUCGCGCAGUGUCGUCGGAUCGUCCUCUUGCUGCACUCGGCCAGCUUGGACUUUUACCUGUUUGUCAGCGAGCUGCUUUCUAUGAGACCAUGGGUCACCUCAUGCUUGGAGGCGGCGAGAUUGGGCGCCACAGUCAUUCUGGGAAGCAACGUCAGCAAAACUCUGACGGCAUGCUCGACUCAGGCACGAUGCCGGAAUUACCUCCACAAGCUGCUGUCCGACCGCUGGGCCAGCAUCUCAACAAACCGCGCUGCUAGGCUCUAUGGAUGGCGCCGCAGCUUGCCCGACCGACGGUCACUGUCACUGGGCUAA